AUGCAAGUUGUUUGUAUUUUUCAGAGAUUGUUUUGUCAUUUAAGUAGUUUAGAGAGAUGGUUGACAUCAACUUGUAGUUCUCUAGUCAAGAGAAACGGAAUUUCGGCACACGAUUGUUUCGAUAGGAUCUAUCUACUUGGUUUGGAAGAUGAAUCAUCGAAAUCAGUAUCAAACUUUUUCACUCGAAGAGGACUGUUUGAAUCAAAGAUGCUGAUGAUUCUCAACGAUUUGAAUCGAGCUAUCGAAUCGCAUCCCAAUGUCAUUUGGCUUCGUUUCAAUAAAGCAGCGAUAUAUUCAAUUUUGGCCAAGUCCGAUUUACUAAACGAAGAGAUUGCUAACAUUAAUAAGCUUUUCGAUUCAAAUCCAGCACUUCUCGAUGAUCAAUUGAUUCAUUGUAUUUAUAUGUGUUGA